AUUUUUCAUGAUGGCGGCUGCUUCAAACGUCAAAGCCAAAAACUUCAAGAAAAAGUUAGAUCAAUUAUGCUGUCCUUACACUGAGGGAGUUGAAGACACAUGGAUCACUGAGCUCAUAUUUAAGCCUGGGGAGGCUAGAAUCAGGCUGCUGCAGUGGCUUCUGUCAAAGUUUGAUUCUGCUCUCAAUGAAGUCCUCGACCCGCAGUAUGCAUCUGUCGAGUCAAAAAUGGAUUCCCGUAUUCAACGUCUUCUGUAUGUAGCCUCCAACAUUGGUCUGUGCAGAUAUGAUGAUGUAGAUCUUAUAAGGGGUGUGGUUCCUGCUUCUCGCCAGUCCAGCUUCAUGGAACACCUGAUAGACAUUGUGGCCAUUGCCGAUGCUUCAGAAGAUCCAAAAAACAAGCUGUUUAGAGAGCCAGGACUUGUCAGUGAUGCAAUGCCCCUGGAGGAACAGCUAGCCCAUGACACUGCCUACAUGAACAACCUGUGUGUGAGUGGGCCUCUAGAUGCUGUGUUCUCUCCCCGCCUUGCUCUGCUGCCACUCGACCUGCAAAAACAACUUGAGGCACGUUGGGCCCAGGCUGGCAAAGCUGGGGACAUCAAGGUGUCGAAGCCGGACCUUCAGGCAAUAGAGAAUGCUGCUGUGAAAUUGUCCGAGGACAUGGCUCGCCAGUGGGACCUGCUCCAAGACAUGAGGAAACAUUCCGACUACCAAUCGUUAGAUGCAGGAAAGGUGGAGACUGUGUGCCGGACAGUGAGUCUGGUAUUGUCUGAGCUGUUCCAGCUCAUCACUGGCUUCACCUACUGUUACGAAAAUGAGAUGAGACAGUGGUGCAACAAAUCUCCCCCUAAGCUCACCCAGCUUGGCGCAGCAUUUAAACGAGUACACAGACUCCUGCAGCAGUUCUUACAGAUGCUGCAAAAUCUGGGAGACAUCAGGAGAUCGUACACAGCUCUCAACAGGGAGCCCUCUGAACGACUGGCUAAACUCAGUGAUACACACUCUCUUGUGAGUGCAGGAGCCGAGGCCUUGGAAGGUCUACAGGGGGUGGUUGACGUGCUGGAGGAGUCCAUACAGCAUGUGGAGACCGCCUCUGCCCAGACCACACCCCGCAGUACACACUUAAAUGCCUCUACACUCAAGGGGGGUGUCUGACAUCAGAAAGUGUGUGAUGAACAAAUCGCAUUAUACAUAUAUGGAUUGAAGCGAAGAUACGUAGUAUCAAGGAUACUUGCAAAGAAACCAUGUAGAUGUUCACCAUGCCAGUGACUGGAAGAGAUGGUCUUAAUCCACUUUAAAAUGGAUAUGCAAAACAGAAGACAUGUUCUUAUGUGGACAAGAUUAAAUUCUGCUAAACAGUGUUAUAAUUGAACUGUUGAUGGUUAAAUAACAUAGACUCUAUUUAGCUUUAUUUAUAUUGAACUUAAUCUUAGUUGGCCUUAGUAAGUCAUAAAAUAAAAACACUUUGGAUAUUAACAGUUUAUUGGUGUUUGUAAUGAGCUUAAAAUAAUUUAAACAAAUGAUUUUUUCUGAAAUCAAGAAUAUCUGUAAUAUGUUACAUCAGUAAUAAAUAGAAUAUAUAUGCAAUGGUUGAUCAUCAUAACCUGUGUCUACAUUGGUUUUACUCUUUAUCAACACAACUGAAGAGAAUUCAAAUAAGCAUUUUUAUACAUGUACAUAAUUUAAAAAAAAAAAUGAUAUUCCUGAAAAUCAAAGAUAUCUGUAUUUUGUUACAUCCCUAAUAAAUAGAAUAAGCCAUGGUUAAUAAUCAUAAUGUGUGUGUACAUGAUUAUACUCAUUUUCAACAUAAGUGCAGCCCCUUCAUCGACAUGGAGGCAACUCCCCCUAGUCUCAAGGCUGGUGGACCACGUCACCUCCCAGGGGAACUCUGGCUGAAAUGUAACAGGCGUUUUACAGCUUGGGAACAUCCGGAAAAAGGAAUACAUUUAACAUACAAACUUUAAAACAUGUACAGUGUCAAAUGUGUAAUAAUUAUUCUACUUUGAACAGUAGUUUAUUAAUACAUGUUGUAACUUGAGCAAGUCAGAUGCCUGAAGCUAAUCUGCUUUUGUUGCUAUUCAAUGUUAUCAUAGAAUAUGUUGACAUCUUUCCUUAAUAACUCAAUACUAUUGUCUUAUUUGUUAACAGUGUGCUUUAAGUAUGUACAUUAUUCAUACCCUUCAUAACACAUUUUUCAUGAGCAAUUACCUUUUUUUAUAACGAUGUAUAUAUUAGUAUACACAACUGAACAUAGGGAUAUUCCCGUUUGCUCACGUUUGAGGCAGGCACAGCUCAAGCUUCAAGCUGAAACAAAGAAGGAAAGUGUAAUUCUGAUUUCAUCACAAACAGAAUACCAAUAAUAAAACAGAUCUUUAACAUGUAAUAUUUUUUGCAAGUAAAUGACUUCAAUUGUUUCUUCCCAAUAACACUACUACAUUAAUGGAUGAUAAUUAUUUGCAUAUUUUAACAGCUCUCUAUUUCGUAGUUAGUUGGUGUACAGUGCCAGCUCUUCAUUUUCCUUGAUCAGUUCUAGAUUUUCUUGUUUGAGCAUCUCUAUCUUGUGUUUUAAGUCAUUUCGAGAUUGCUCAGCAUCUUUGUUACAUUUUAUUUUUAGUAUAUCUUGACUCUUAAUUAAAUUUUGAAUCAG